ACAAGAAAAAGCCAAGUUGUCCCUUCACAACUUCACACUAUUCGAUUCUUUGAUACGUAUUUCUGUAAAUUAUCGCUGAAGAUUUUAGAGACGGGUAGACAGAUUGGGCAUGACUUUCGAGUUUGUGGUAUCACUACAAUGUGUGUAACGUAGUUUCAUUUUGGUUGACUGGUCUUCAUCAAGGCGUGUUUUUCUUUGGCAGUUUAACCUUUCUGUUAAUGCUUUAACAUGCCUUGCUGUGUGGCAGUCAAAUGUUCAAAUAGGACGGGCGGCUCAUCUAAAAUCAGCUUCUUCAAAUUCCCUUUCCGUGACCCAGAACGGCUGAAGCAAUGGAUUCGCAACGUUAACAGAGUGGAUUGGUACCCAACUAAAUAUUCUUCCCUGUGUUCUGACCACUUUGCGCCAGACUGUUUCAAACCAAAUUUCAGAGCAGGCCUUACUGGCUAUGCAGUUCCAACCAUUUUUUACCCACGCCACAUUUCGAAGCCCAAGCCGCGGACGACCAGAAACAGUCUGAAUAUCAAAAUAAGCCAUCCCAGUGCUGGCGUACCAGCUGAAAUUCAUAUCGUCAACCAUGAUCAUGACUAUUUGAGUUUUGUUGUCAGGGCAGAUCCAGUUACAACUGAGGAACAAGUAGCCAUUAACGGCCAUCCGGUACCCCAAAACUCCCUUGGACUCCAAAACUCCCCUGGACGUCUACAGGCGCAACUCUUGAAUGUUAAAACUAAAUUAGUUUCUUCCAGAAGGACAGUGAGGAUUGAACAGCAGAGAGUGAGAAGACUGAGAAAAAAAGUGAAAUCUCUCUCCUCACUUGCAACUGAUUUGAAAAAGAAGUUGUUGUUUUCUAAUAGUUGUAAUGGUAUAAUGGAGGGUUCUUUCGGAGGAGUUGCCAAAGAAAUCCUUACCAGGUCCAAGUGUAAGAGUAAAUCUGCCGGUAUGUCUGAAGCUUUGAAAUCUUUUUCCACCACUCUCUAUGCUCUUUCUCCGAAAGCCUACCGGUUUGUCCGUCAGAGCUUUGAUAGCUUUCUGCCGCAUCCUACAACAGUCAAGACAUGGUGUAGACCUAACAGCAAAAAUGGAUCCAGUCCGAAGCCUGAUACCCAAGUCAGGGAGGACCCCAACUCUGGCUCGAACAUGGUUGUUGCUUCAGUAACACCCAACAGCAGCUCUGUGGAAACCUUUGCUGGACAGCCAACAGAUCCAAGUUGGGUUCUUAUACCGGCAUCUCAAAUGGCAAAUGGAUAAUGGGUCUUAUACGUUUUGGACAUAAUUUGAUCAGUUGUUAAGCUUUAUACUGACAAAUGCUAUAAUAGCAUGGACAUUUUAGGGCCGCACAGCUCUUGACAAGUCCAGUUUGGUGACUCAGUUAUUAACAUCUGUUGAAGUGCAUUCCUCACAAAGAUUCUGUUUGAACACUAGAGAAGUUGUAAGAUGAUUUACCUGUUUACAGAUACGUUACAAAGACUAGUUGGUCUUAUCUGAGAUGCCUUCAAACAAACAUUAAAUGCAUCAUCAUACGUUUUUUUUUUUUUUUUUAACUUUUUUCUUGCUUUUAAGUUACAGAAGUUGUAGCAUAGGUUUGCCUGCUGAUGCUAUAUGUCUCUGUUGAGACAGCCUUUCUCUCUUGUACAGUUGGUCCCACAUGCAACAGUUGCUCCAAAACUAGUUAGAUUGUUAUUCAUAUUGUAUGGCUGGAUAGAUAUGAUCAGUUCAUUUCCCAUGCAGAUACUUGCAGUA